AGCUGUUUUGCCCAUUUGAUACAGAAAGAUGAACACAAUGGCCUCUGGCGUGACGACCCUCUACCUCACAUUUAUGUUUGUUGGGAAUAUGGCGUCAUCGUCUUCAUCCGUUCACCCAAAAAGAGACUUUGUUUCAGUUGAACCGAACAAGACUUUAAUUUUGCAGUGUGUCUAUGAGGGAGACGUGAAUCCAAGGCAAUACUGGUACAAACAGUCUUUUGGACAGAAGCCAAGGCUGAUCUCGUCUUUCUAUUCAUACAACGAGAAGGAUGCUUUUUAUGGAGAAUUCCGCGAUGACCCACGCUUCACGCUAGUUGUUACGAAUAGAAGCAGCUAUCUGAAAAUCACAAAUUUGAGCAUGUCAGACUCAGCAACUUAUUUCUGUGUAAGCUCCUACUUGUACACGGUCAGGUUUUCAGCGAGCAUUACAGUCAGCGUGACAGAUUUAAGCACUGAAGCGAUGCUUCAUCAGUCCACGCACAAGAUCAUUGAGCGAGGAGAUUCUGUAACUCUCAGCUGUACAGUCAACACCAGGAACUGUGACGGAGGGCACCGGGUCUACUGGUUCAGAAAACCUGAGGGAAGUCUUCCAGGACACAUUUACACCUCUGGAGACAUGAUUCAGCAGUGUGACACGAAAACGCACACCUGUGUUUACCGCCUAACAAUAAAGAGCCCCAGUUCGUCCGAUGAAGGGACCUAUUUUUGUGCAGUCGCCUCGUGUGGACACGUAUUGUUUGGAAACGGAACCAAGUUGAAUAUCAGAGAUGAUGAUGUUAAAUUCUGGAAGGGUGCCUCUGCCUUCACCAUCAUCCUGUGUGUUUUAUUGGCUUUGUCCAUAUGCGUGAUGAUCACGACAAAGAGCUGCCGAUCUCCAGAGUCUGUCUCAGAAUUAAUAAAUCCCCCUCAAACAGACAUUAAGGGUCACCCGCCUGCAGGAUGCCUCGGUUUUGCUGCUGUGAGCGUCAACCUGACAGACAGUUCAAGAAGACUGUUGGAUCCUACCUGGAGUGCAUGUGUGUACUACAGUGUAAAGCAGUAAAACUACUGAAAAAUGCUUGCCUUUUUUUUACCCUUUCGGUGAGUGGAAGAAAAGACAAAAUGUACAUUGUGCCUAUUGUGACUUGCCUCUGCCCAUAGUGAGCUGGGAUCAGCUCCAGCACCUGCUACAAGAAGAUGAAUGUAUGGAGAAACAUGGCAAAAUCUUUCAUUUAUUUAUGCCAGUCUAUUCCAGUAGUGUGGCAGGGGAGGGGGGUAUAUCUACAGCGGGUCCAAUACCUUUUCUUCAAAGGUCCAUGGGCUGUGCAACGAAGAUUAUAAUAAAUUUGGGUCCUGAUUGUUAGCUUGAUUUUUUUUUUUUUUUAUCAGUGGUUGAAAUAAAACUACAUUUGAUAAUUACAUGACUUGGACGAAUGUUUUUUUUUUCAUUGUUUUGCAACUAUUCCAGUAUAUGUGUUCUGUUAAUAUAUUCCCAGAAGAACUGAGGGGAAAAAAUCCCAAUGAAAAUCCAUAAUGUAAUAUUAUAUUU